AUGGAACUACGGAAUGCCACAUGGCUCUCUGUCUUAUUUUUGCUUCUGAUGGCGGUCGAUGCCAUCUCUAGCCACAGCAGGUUUAUGGUGAGAAAAGGAGGACGACUAGAACGUCUACACAAGCGAACGCUUUUUGAGUGGCGCCAUGCUCAUCGCCAUCUCCGACACCGUCAUCAUAGGCACAAGCGUCGACGCCAUGAAAGAGAUGGUGACCCAAAAAUAGGGCACAUAGUAGCUCAAAUGGACUCCUAUGUUCGGCCACGAUUUGGGCGUUCCGUCAGAAUUCGAGAAAUGCCUACGCCAGCCUGA